AUGUUAUCAGUUAUUGAACUGACCAAGUCUCCCGACACCUGUCAGUCUGGAUUCCAUGUCUUUUUCGGCAAUCCGUCCAUCAAUAACAACAAGCUAACCGAUGACAGCUUGCUUUUUUUUCUACUUUCUUCUUUCUCUUUUUUUAUACUUUAUUUUCUUCUUAUUCUUCAGCGCGGCGUGCAGCAUGCAGUCUUUCGUUGCUUCUUUCUUUCUUUCCAGCAUUUUUUUGUUCUUUAUUUGUUUUGUUUUAAUUUUCUUUCUUUCUUUCUUUCUUUCUUUAUUUCUUUCUUUCUUUCUUUCUUUCUUCUAUCUUUCUUGCUUUCUUGCUUUCUUUCUUUCUUUCUUUAUGAUCUGCAUCAUAUUCUGUUCCCCCCACCCAACAUCUCAACUCGCCGAAAAGAAAUUCAUUCUUUCUCCCUUUUAUACUUACUUUAUUUUUUCUUAUUCAUUAGCUUUGUUUUUUCCUUCUUUUUUUUCACUCUCUCUUUCUUUUUCCCUCUCUUUCUGUCCUGCCUUCUUUCGCUCUUUGUUUAUUUCAUUUUAAUUUACUUUAUACCUUUCUUUCGUUCUUUCCUUCUUUGA